UCACGAAAGGGCCGAUCAGCUGUCCUUCUGUCACCGGAGUUUAAAUCGCCAUCUCCUCCUAAAUAAAACACAUUAAACGAGUGAAUUAUAGUAUAUCAUGACUUCCAACAAUAUGUCAGACCCUAGGCGACAGAAUAAGAUACUGAGGUACAAGCCUCCCAGCACAGAGACCAACCCCACACUGGAGGACCCCACCCCCGACUACAUGAACCUGCUCGGCAUGAUCUUCAGCAUGUGUGGACUGAUGCUCAAGCUGAAGUGGUGCGCCUGGAUCGCUGUCUACUGCUCGUUCAUCAGCUUUGCAAACUCCAGAAGCUCCGAAGACACUAAACAGAUGAUGAGCAGCUUCAUGUUGUCCAUCUCAGCAGUCGUCAUGUCCUACCUCCAGAACCCACAGCCAAUGUCGCCGCCAUGGUAACCAGAAGAUGCACGAAAGUGAGCUGCGUACGCUAGAGUGAGUGACGAGACAGCUGACCCCCGGCCGUCGUCAUGGUAAAACAGAGACGGGAAAGGAAGGAUAAUGUGAUAGAAAGAGAGAAAGAGACAGAAAACAGACGAGCAGGAGAGGUGGACAGUAAAGAGGACACUUUGUCAAGAUGGAGAGAUCAAACGGCCUUCGACUGUGUUCUCAUGAUGUUCCUCUUUUCAAUCUUUUUCUAAGUCUUUUGUUGUUUUAUGGAAACUUUGACAUUUUACUGUUUGGCUGAUCUAUAAUGCGGGGUUUGUCGUUAAUAAAGAUGUUUUAU